AUGCGAUUCACUACCAUCCUCUCUGUUGCUGCUUUCGCUGGUGCCGCUUUGGCCCAGAACCAAUCCGGUCCUGGCUCAGGUUGUCCCGGCCAAGCCGUACUUGUUUCGUGCUUGGGCUCUCAGGCCGGCCGUAUCUCUCAGUGCAAGACCCUCGACUACGCCUGCAUGUGCCAGAUCCAAGCCGAUGUCCUCCAAUGUUACGACCAGUGCCCUAAUGAUCUCAACCGAAGCAGUGAACAGAGCAAGUUGACUGCCUAUUGCGUUGCUGCCUCUGCUGCUGCCCCCGUCCCAACUCAAACCACUGCAUCUACCUUCGUCGUUCAGACCACCGGAUCUAGCCCAGCCACAACCCAGGCCGGUGACGACGAUGCCACCCCAACUGACACUCCUGAUGGAUCCUCUACUGGAACCGACGCUCCAACUGGUACUAAAUCCUCCAACGGAAAGGCCGCCACCUCGGACCCCGCUGGAUCUUCUGCUGCCAAGAUUACCUGGAUGUGUGCUUCCUCGCUCAUGGCGGUUUUGACUGCUGCUUUCAUGGCCUUGUAA